CCUAAAUUUGAAGCGAUGUCAUUGGUUAAGAAAAUUGCGCUGUGGACAAUAAUGACAGCGUUCGUAGUUAGGACAGCCAUUCCGGACGGGGAAUCGAUUCGCAAGGGCAGCUUCAUAUACCGCAAGAAAGGUGGAACAAUCGACUCUUCUGUCUGCAGCGUUAACUACACCUGUACCCUGCAGAAGGGGUUCUGCGCUGCGUUCUACAUCGGCGAAGGCUUCUACGUAACGGCUGCACAUUGUUUGGUGGACGACAACGGUAGAACAAUCUCUGAUCCCAAUCGACUGGAUAUUGUUGGUGCUGGAAUCGUUAAUGUCACAUUAAUAGUGCACAAAAGUUACUCGCAGCCUAAUAGAGUGGACAUUGCGUGGAUUGUCGUUCAUGAUCCAAUGCUUGCCAGUGAUGUUCUGAAGCUUGCAGGAUCGACACCUGAGAAAUGCAUCAGCUAUGAACUGGAGCUAACCAACACAAAUUCCAACGAUAUCCAUUUUGGUUUCCGUUGGGUUCAACAAUCGGAGAUGGCAGAUUCAGGAUUAUCAAUUGAUUUGAAUCCAUGUGAACAAGGAAUGACUGACAAGACUGGCUCGGAGAAUAUGGUGUUCUGUAAUUCAAAAGAACGUCCAGAUGAAUUUGGCUUGCAGUUUAUGUGCGGGGAAAUCAAAACGAAAAACAAGCAUUCUCUACGGCACGCAAAUCUUAUAUCAGGGGUAGAAGAGCAAGACGCAAUUGCACGGAAACCGAGGAGUUUAGACACCACAGAUACUUCUGCAUCAAUCGACUUUGAAGAAGCUGAUUCCAAUAUGACAGUGGUUCACGGUUAUGUUUCAAAUACUAGCGUUCCCUCUGCGCUCCACACCAUCUCUCCUGAAAACACAAAUUCUUCGCAUACACAGGAUGAGUCACGCAUGAUGAAUAUGUCGGUUCUGUCUGACGCUUUCCAAGAUUCCAUCAUGUCUGAUUCCAGCGAAAAUGUUUCUCAUCAAUCUCAAAUUUCUAAUGAUCGUUACCAUUCUGAACUAACCAAAGAAGAAACCCCAAAUCCUCAGUUUGGCGACAAUGUUCAGAGUUCGAUAACACGAAACAGCCAAGAACCGCUGCAAGAAGCCAGUCACUUGAAUCUAGUCUACAAUACACUUACUUCGUAUCCCAUUCCAACGUCACCGAAAGAAGAAACUCAGCCCCCAGUUUGCUCGGGACAAAUUGGGAAAUGCUGUAGAGGACCGAUGACGACGACAAAAACUAGGAAACCACCAUCAGCCACUUAUUCGUUUCCAACGGGAUCGCUGAAUGUUGCCAACCAAAGUUGUGAAGUGAGCUCACCAACUCCGACGCCACAGUUCAACAGAUCAGGCGAACUUUUGGACCAGGUAGAAGCGGAAAUGGAGCUAAGGCGUAAGAAGGCUUUGCGGAAGAUUUUGGUUCAUUUGUUGCGCGGAAGAAAUGAGGCGACACCGAGAGGGAUGGAUGGCAGUAUGAUGUUGGUUCUUGUUGCUAUAGGACUGGUAAUGCUCAUAAUGGUUAUUUGAUGGCGUUGGAGUUUCGUCUGCGAUCAUCUCUGUGUUACUUGCUCGGCCUUUCCAGCUUUCUGUAUCGAAAUGACGAAUGAAAAUAAACACAAUAUGUGAGUAAAA